GCCGCAAUAGCCAUAAAUCCAUGGGACUUGGACGAUGGCAUCAUUGACUCUCCUUACGAUCCAAAGAGAGUAUUGGGGAUGGUAGCAGCAGAUCGCACAGUCGGCGUUACUGCCGCGUCACCUUGAAUUAGUAGUAAACUAAGGACUGUUGGCAUUGAUCCACUCAGGACCAGUGCUGGGCUCCCAGUCCUCUCUGCCUGCAUUGGUAGGAAACUGUGAUCUCCGCUUUACUUAAAGUUGGUCCGCUUCCUCUUUCUUGAACCCAUCCUCUUCUUUACUCCCUCGCCCCUCGUCAAGGUCCAACAGCAAACCCGCAGGAACAACGGGAAACUGAACCCCGCCGCCGUCGUCUUUCAUCUCAGGACACAACCGACAUAUCACAACCAGGAGUGGCCAGUCCUUUUCUCUCACAUACACAUACAACUACAUGUUGUCCAACGACCCCGACAAGGGUGAUCCCUUCAACCGGGACAACUCGCUCGAGCUCGACCGCCUGGACCAGACACUAGCGCACCGGUACCAAAUCGAUCCCCUCUCGGAUUCGUCCGACAACGACGAGGACGACCUCGAGGGCGUGGACGAGCACCAGACCCUGACAGGGAGCAAUAACAAGGGCGGAAAGGAAUCAUUACAGAAGCAUCAUCUCCAUCCGGAUGCAUCUCAUCAUCCCAACCCUGCGUCCUCACACCAUCGCACAGAACUCGAAGGCGACAACGAUACGGAUACGAUUGAUGUCCACAUCAUCCCCCUCUCCUCCUCCGAAGCCAUUGACCGUGAACGGGGCGACCUCCAGAAGAAUGUCACCUUCAGCAAUGGCCUUACCCUGGUUGUUGGCAUCAUCAUUGGGUCCGGUAUCUUUGCCUCCCCAGGUCCCGUUCUGGCCUACUCCAAAUCCGUUGGUGUCUCGCUGAUCAUCUGGUUCGUAUCAGGACUGCUGGCGUUUGCGGGAUCGUUAUGUUAUGCAGAGCUCGGAAGUGCGAUGCCGAGUUCUGGAGGUGGUGAGCAUGCAUAUUUGAACCAUGCUUUCGGCAGUCUACCUGCGUUCCUGUUCAGCUGGACUUCAAUUGCACUGUUGAAGCCGGCAGGAAAUGCAAUUAUCUGUGUCGUCUUUGCAGAAUAUGUCACCAACAUCAUUGCUCAAUCCGCCUGGGACCCCACACAGCCGAUGCGCCACUGGUCCAACAAACUGAUCGGCGUGGCCUGUGUCGUCGUCCUCUCUGGACUCAACUCUCUCAGCGUCUCACUGGGCACACGGAUCCAGGAUGUCUUCACGUUCAUGAAGGUCGUCACACUCUUGGUCAUCGGUAUCACCGGCGUCGUCGUCCUGGCCCAAAAGACGCUCUCGAGCCAUAACUUUGACCACGCAUUCGAAGGCGAGACCCAACCGAGUCUUGGGGACAUUGCCCUGGGGCUCUAUUCGGGACUGUGGGCGUACGAUGGCUGGAAUAACUUGAACUAUGUGUCGACAGAGAUGAAGAACCCGACGAAGGAUCUGCCGAGGGUCAUCUUUGCGGGUGUGCCGAUCGUGAUUAUUUUCUACCUGUUGGCGAACACUGCAUAUUAUGCGGUACUGCCACAGGCGACUGUCAUGAGCACCAACACUGUGGCGAUUGAUUUUGGAAAACAGAUGUUCGGGAACACGGGCGGCGUGCUGUUUGCGAUCUGUGUGGCCUGUAGUUGUUUUGGCGCCGCCAACGGAUCGAUCUUCACGGGCGCCCGCGUCAUCUACGCCUCAGCGCGCGAGGGCUAUCUCCCAAAGAUAUUUGGCAAGGUCCACGAGAAGCGCAAGACACCCAUCGCGGCCCUGGCUCUUCAGGCCGUCAUGACUUCUAUCAUGAUCCUCGGCGGAACCUUCUCAACCCUCGUAAAUUUCUAUUCCGUCGCCGCUUGGCUCUUCUAUCUGAGCAGCAUUCUCGGACUGAUCUACCUGCGUUACCACGAACCCAAUCUGAAGCGGCCCUUCCGGGUAUGGACCAUCGUCCCCAUAAUGUUCACCUUCUUGGGUCUCUUCCUGUUCCUCAUGCCCUUUGUCAAGGCUCCGCUCGAGUCCAGUCUUGCGAUGGUCAUUGUCCUCGCAGGACUACCGCUCUGGGUCCUCAAGGAACUCGUUUCCGGCAACAAGGGCACGCGGUGGCUGGACCUCAAAUCAAAAGUCAUGUAUUCUUUAGGCUUCCAACCCUCCGGCGGACGGCAUGAGCGUCUGGUCGGCCAUUGAUACCGUUCAUCUUCAUCCUCAUAAAAAAAAAAAAAAAAAAAGGCAUAAUAAUAAACACAGAUAGA